UAAUUAGCUGUUCUUGUCUUACACAUUGUGCGGUAUGGACGUAGAAAAAUGCUCACGAAAAAUCGUUAAUAACUAAUUACGAGUCAAAUAUGCACAAAGUAUACUAGAAUUGUGACUAAGACUUCAAUCGAAAUUAGUCAUAAAAUUGCAUAAAUUAUGUUUUAGAAAUUAAAUAUUAAUUAUUUACUGUGUACCUGUCAAAUUAUUUGAGGUUAUUCUAUGAAACGGGUUUGAAUAACUGAUAAUAACUGAUUAAUUAGAAAUAUUAUCCGAUGAUAUUAUUAUAGUUGUUCAGUGCGGUAUUACAAUGGUUGUAUUUUAAAAGACAGUUUUGAAAAUUUUAUGAUUAAUUUUUGAUAUUCAUGGAGAGUUAACUUAUUUUUGGUAAUAUGGAUAAAUGUAAGAGAAAUGAAGCCGAGGUCAUCUCUCAAAUACAGUACGCAUUUCCUAUUUUGAAUGGAAAGCUUCAAAAUGAAUGCAGAGAUGAAGAAUUCACCAAAAUUAUCGAAGAUAUAAAAGCACUAAGCUUGAAACAUUUGGUUGAAGAUAUGGUGAUUUGUCGAAUAAAAUAUCACAUGCGACAAAGCAUUGCUCCUGCAUUUUGGCAAAAAUUUACAUGCAAUGUUGACAAACAAGAAGGUUUUGAACAAUUUAAAAGUGCGGUAGAUGGCCUAUAUACACGUAUGACAGAAUUUUUGCCAUUGUUAAAAAGAUUAGAAUACCUUGUACAAGAAGAAUCAAUUUGUUCCACAACAAGUGAAAGUGACGUACCAAGUAGAUUUAAAUUAAUUGUGAGAUCCACAUUAUUAAGUCAAAUACCACUUGGUUAUGAGUAUGUAGUAGAACAAUUUUAUAAGAUUGCAUUCAAUGUAUUCUGUUGCACAGACAAUUCAACGCAAGUAACUACUGCUGGCAGUGAUUACCUUCAAUGUACUGGAUGCUAUCUGGAAGUAGAGAAAUGUCGUUGUCAGCAAAUAGUGAUUAUGUUCCAUGAAACAAAUCGAAAAUUGAUUGAACUAGAAUUAUUGGAGAGGCUAGCCGGAAACGUUCUAACAUCGUUGAUUCACGUACACAUUAAGAAUCAUGUGAAUCAAUCAUGCGAUAAAACAUUUGAUGUAUCGCAGUUAGAGUCACUUGAAAAUUGGCUUGAAACAAUCGUUAUGAGUUGGUUGAUAAGAGUAUACUCUGGUGGCUUCUCAAAAAUCAUUUCCUUGAGCGACCAAACUCGGAAUGCUAUAAAUAAAUUUAAACAAAAGCUAUCUCACUUUCUGUAUGAAACGUACACGAGAUUUCGAAUUGAGCAGCUUUUCGAUAUUAUAAUAGAGUAUCCUGAUUCUCAACCAGCGAUAGACGACUUACGCGUUUGCUUGGAACGAACCGAUUUGCGAAAAGUUUUAAUAGAUAGUUUACAGGAUGCUCUAACAACGAGAUUAUUGCAUCCAGGCGUGAAUACACCGGAUAUAUUAACUGCCUAUAUCGCAGCUAUAAGAGCAUUGAAACAACUGGAUCCUACAGGAGUUCUUCUCGAAACAAUAACAGAACCAAUCAAAGUUUAUUUGAGAACGAGAGAAGAUACUGUGCGCUGCGUCGUAAGCGACUUGGUCGACGAUUCGUCGAGUGAUCUAGCAGAUGAAUUAGUGAAAGGCGAAACAUUGCAGCUAGAUGAUUACUCCGAUGAAGAAGAAGAUGAAGAUUGGGAUAAAUGGAUGCCUGAUCCUGUCGAUGCUGAUCCUGCAAAAUCAGCACAACGUCGAGUGUCUGAUAUAAUCUCGACGUUGGUGAGCGUGUAUGGCAGCCAGGAUUUAUUCGUGAACGAAUAUCGCACGCUAUUAGCAGACAGAUUAUUGUCUCAAUUGAAUUACCAUACUGAGCGAGAGAUUCGCCAUUUAGAAUUGUUGAAAAGGCGUUUCGGAGAGAAUCAACUUCAUUUCUGCGAGGUUAUGUUGAAAGAUGUAUAUGAUUCCAAGAGAAUAGACGGGCAUAUACAGUCGGAUACUAGCUAUACAUUGGAGAAAGAGGAGUUUCCCACGUCUGCUUUGAUAUUGUCAGCGCAAUUUUGGCCGCCGUUCAAGGAGAACUGGAAAUUAGAAUUGCCCAAAAUUGUGCAGACCCAAUUGAAUAAAUAUGUGAAGGCGUUUGAAACCUUGAAGGGAAAUCGAACACUUUGUUGGAAGCCUCAUCUUGGAAACGUCACGUUAGAGAUUGAAUUAAAAGACAGAAAGUCAGAAAUUAAUGUGACACCGAUUCACGCCACGAUAAUCUUACAUUUUCAAGAUAAGAAAGAGUGGACUUUAGAAGAACUGGCAGAGGUAAUGCACGCUCCAGCUACAGUGCUCAGAAGAAAAAUAACGUUCUGGGUAUCGCAGGGAAUAUUGAAAGAAAGUUCGAACGAUGUUUUCAUACUGCAAGAGGAGAGUUCCACGAAAAGUAGGUCAUUAACAAACGUCGUUGAAGAAGAAGAGGUUGAAAGUGUAAUGGCAUCCGCGAGUGAUCAGAGGGAAGAGGAGCUGCAAGUAUUCUGGUCCUACAUCGUUGGAAUGUUGACUAACUUAGAUUCGAUGCCUUUGGAAAGAAUUCAUCAGAUGUUGAAAAUGUUUGCGUCUCAAGGUCCAGGUUCGAUGGAAUGUGGUUUACUUGAAUUAAAACAAUUUCUUGAUAGAAAGGUCAGAGAACACCAGUUGCUAUUCUCUGGUGGUUUGUAUCGUUUACCAAAAGCAUAGAAUAAUUAAAAUACUUACUAUAAUUAUAGCUAGUACUAUUCAUACCGUUUUUCUUUCGUGAACCUUGCGAAACUGUCCUACGAACAAACAUAACAUAAGGAAACACAUUUAUAUAAAAUACCAUGACUGACUUUUAUUUGUAUCUUAUAUUCAUGAUAUAGUAAUGAACGAAUAUACAUACAGUAGUACACUUUUUACAGAGUUCAUAGUGAAAAGUGCAUAGCAUGAUUUCAUUAAUUUGUAUAUGCAUAUUUCGUUGCUAUGAUUUUUAACGAACGAUCUAUAGUACAAUUUAUAUACGCAACAGAAAAACAAUAUUUUUUUUGUACCGAAGUUUCGUACCAAAUCAAGAAAAUUGUUAAUGUCGGAUCACCGUUAAUGAUGCUUAAAUUAAAAGUCAAAGUAAAUGUUCGUGUCUGUACAUAAUUAAAAGAUCGCAUUUAUUAAUUUAUAAUUGUUUUACAUUAUUUUCCAAGCGGGCACUGUUAAAAAUGUACGAAAAUAAUAAAAUGUUAGAAUUCUCUAAGUCACGUCGAAUUUUUUUUUACAGCAUGGCCAAAAACCCGCGGAAAAAUUUGCAAUUGUAUUCUAAACACAAGAAUAAUAACAAAUUUAACAAACAUCGGUCCAUUUUAGAAGUAUAAGUCUUCGCAAGUAAAGUUCUCUAUUAUAGAAUUUUCCUAAAUUUGAAGGUGUAGAAUACUUUCGAAAAUUUUUCAAGAGAAUCCUUUCCCUUAUUAUUAAUUGCGGCUCCGUAUUAUUGACUAGCCUACAGAAAUACGAUUUUGUGUUGUUAAAUAUCAAAGCUUGCAAAAAUAAAAUGAAUACUCAUGAAUUGAGAACAAAGAACUAGACAAGUAAUUACUAUUUCUUUUUCAAUGCAACAAAUUCGUAAAAAUAAUCUGUUUUUGUACACCUAACACUACAAAGUAAUAAAUGAGAGUCGAUGUUAUAGUUUCAAGCACUUUUCAUCGUGAACGCGUAAAUUAUUCAACUAUUAGUCAUAAACUAUUUAAAUUGUUCCAACUAAAAUAUAAGAAAAUUAAUAUUGUCUUUUUUUUUGUUAAUGUUACAUAGACGUAAAGAGUCCUAUUGCUACCCUCUGUGUUUCGAAACGCAACCGUAGUCAUUUAAUCCGUGUAAUUACGAAGCGAACAUUGUUGAAAUUAAUACCAAUUAGAAAAUUCGUGUCGCGAUACUUGCGUACCGCAUAACCUCGUAUAUUUCGUAUUAAAAAGAAAUCGAAUCUACAGUUUUAUGAUCAAGUCAGUUUCUUUGGUACUGAAAAAUUAUUAAUAUCACGUUGAUAGAUACAACUAAGUAGGUAUUCACAUAUUGCCAUAAGAAAUUGUAUGCGCAGCCUACUUUCUAAAUAAAAAAAUUAUUUAUAGUAAAUUGCAUACUUCAAAUAUGAAAAGAAGUGUAUAAUUCGUAUUUGUUAAGCGAAUUCAUCGAGAUAUAUCGAGUGCCCUCACGAAAAUUUCGUGGUAAAUGAUCGCACACGCGUUCAUCUAAAAAAGAAAAUCGAUUCGCUACGAAUAUCGAAAUCAGACUUGAACAGAUAAACCUGUAAUGUUUCUCCAGAAUGUUCUAUUGAUUUUCACAAUAUAUUACACCAUUUUUUUAUA